AAAGAUGUUUUGCUCCGUUCAUCAUAGCUUCACCGAUGGCAUCAGAUUCAUACUUAUCGAUCAACGAUUAUCUUACGCGUAGUAGAGUCACCCAAUAUUAUCACCCGUUUUUAAGCUUUUUCUCUUACUAUUAAGCAAACAAACACUUGACCGUUUCUUCGCCCGAUGACUGGCUUCCUCAACCAACUUUAAGCCAGCUCAAGUACGAGUCACUUGGCUCCCUAAAAGUAUGCCACAUGCACUACAUUCCAUUCGAGUUUGAUCAUAGCCGAUCAUUCGUAUAGAGGUAGUCAAACUGACACGGGGAAGGGAAGAAAAAACUUUGCAGCUGUACAAACCGAAUUCGCUGUACGCAGCGAACAAUUUCGGGCGCGGGAGUUUGGAGCUAAAAAAUGUUCCAUCGAACGAAAGGCAACACCAGAGCUGGUACAAUCGUCGUGCUGUACACCUGUUGCGAGUGUUCUAACCUUCCUACCAACGGGUAGUUACUGUUGGGCCGUCUACACUAGGUCCACUAGGUUGGAGCACGAAGAUAUUCACCACCGUCAACCGCUUCCUGGUGGUAUCAUGUGCAAAGAUACGGAGAUUGUUUGCUGCAAUACGUACAUGUAAAAGUGAAGAAAGUGUUUGUAAGUGAGUCCUGAUCAAUCUCAAAGCCCUAACCUUACGCUUAACAAUGGUGUGGGAGCAGUACGGUAUAGUGAGCGUAACGAAUCGCGUACUAAGAUCGAUAAAACGAUCGCAAAAGAUCGCAGACAAGCAGCCUGCUAAUGGUGGUAAUAUGCAAGAAAACGCUGAACAAACAUCGGUUACGCCACCGGCCGCAGUGCCCAAGGUGGCCAUCUUUACCGUGGACGAUGAAGCAGCAGAUCAGAGCUGGGCUUCCAUCGAUCUCGAGUCGGGGUACGAUGAUGGUGCAGCCGACAAUCACCUGACCAGGGAUCCGCUUCCACGGCUGGAACAUUAUCGUACCUCACAGAAGGCAAUCCGUCGGCCCUCGAUCGGUGAACUGCACGGUGAUGUCGAUGAGCAGGAUUCGGAUUCGCACGCAAAACAUGACACCGAUCCAGCUGGAGCGGACCAUCGUGUGCGGUUAGGGUGGAUUCAGGGCGUGCUGAUACCGUGUCUGCUAAACAUCUGGGGCGUUAUGCUUUUUCUGCGCCUGAGCUGGAUUGUGUCGCUGGCCGGCAUUCUUGAGACGCUGCUCAUUAUCGGCCUUUCGUAUCUGGUGUGCGUGAUAACAACCCUCUCACUGUCGGCCAUCUGCACCAACGGUCAGGUGAAAGGGGGAGGAAUCUACUAUCUCAUAUCACGCUCGCUUGGACCAGAGUUUGGUGGAGCGGUUGGUAUAGUGCUUGCCUUUUCCAACUCCGUGUCCGCGUCGAUGAACACGAUCGGUUUCUGCAGUUCACUCAAUCAGCUGCUCGGUAGCUUCGGUGUGAAGAUUGUGGACGGUGGGGUGAACGAUAUGCGGAUCGUCGGCACGGUAACGAUCCUGAUCAUGGUGAUCAUCUGCGCGAUCGGUAUGGACUGGGAAACGAAGGCACAAAACGUGUUCGUACUUGCCAUUUUGCUUGCCAUCGCUGGGUUCAUGUUGGGUGUGUUGCUAGGCCCUCGAACGGACACCGAUCGGGGCAAGGGCUUUACGGGACUGUCCAGCGCUCGGUUCGUGGACAAUCUCGGUCCCGACUAUCGGUUCAGCGAAGGUAUCGAGCAGGAUUUUUUCAGCGUGUUCGGGAUAUUCUUCCCGAGUGUGACCGGCGUUCAGGCGGGUGCAAACAUCUGCGGCGAGCUGAAAGAUCCGGCCACAGCCAUACCGAAAGGAACGCUGCUGGCACUGCUCAUUUCCGGCAUAUCGUACGUUGCGUUUGUGCUGUUGGCCGGCUCGGCAAGCUACCGUGAUGCGUCGGGCAGCCUGGCGGACCUCGUAAACGGAACCUUUGCCACCUGUCAGCGUACCCUGCCCGGGCAGGAACCGUGCAAAUAUGGACUCCACAAUGACUACAACAUCAUGCAGCUGAUCUCCGUGUCGGGUGCGGUUAUCUACGCCGGCUGCUUUGCUGCCACACUGUCCUCAUCGCUUACGAAUCUAUUAUCGGUUCCACGCAUCAUUCAAGCGCUGGGAACCGAUCGGCUCUAUCCGGGGCUAACGUUCUUUGCGAAGGGUUACGGCAAGCGUAACGAACCGUAUCGAAGCUACGCGUUGGUGCUGUGCGUAUCGGUACUGUUCGUGCUGCUGGCCAAUCUUAACCUGGUCGCACCGCUCAUCUCCAACUUUUACCUAGCGUCUUACGCACUCAUCAACUUCUGCACGUUUCACGCGGCCACCGUCAAACCGAUCGGGUGGCGCCCUACCUUCCGGUUCUACAACCAGUGGGUCAGUCUGGUCGGUACGGUACUGUGCGUGCUGAUCAUGUUCCUGAUCGAUAUCAUCUCAACCGGCAUCACGAUGGUGCUUAUCUUCGUGCUCCAUCUGGCCGUCAUAUACCGCAAGCCGGACGUUAACUGGGGCUCAACGACCCAAGCGCAAAGCUACAAGAGUGCUCUGUCUGCCGCACUCAAGUUGCAGUGCGUUGGCGAACACGUCAAGAACUAUCAUCCGUCGGUGUUGGUACUCACCGGGCUACCGGCCAGCCGACCGCCGCUGCUCGACCUGGCGCACCAGAUCACGAAGAACCAAGCGUUGCUGAUAGUGGGCGAUGUGGUGAGGGAUCGGUUGUCACACCGGAAGCGUGAACUUCGGCUGAACGAUAGCCGGUGCUUUAUGGAGGCACGUAAGGUACAAGGAUUCUACGAGCUGAUCGAUGGUAUCGGGCUGGAGAAAGGGGUGCGCGCACUAAUGCAGACAUCCGGUGUCGGGAAACUGUCGCCCAACAUUGUGCUGGUGGGCUACAAGGCAGACUGGAUGCGGUGCUCCGUGCAGGAGCUUCAAACGUACUACAAUGUGUUGAAUGAUGUGUUCGACAACCGGAUGUCGUUGGCCAUCUUGCGUCUUCCGAAUGGGCUAGAUCAAUCCCAUCUGUCCUCCGAUCUAACCUCGGACGCUAGCUUUGGCACGGUCGCCAACGUUUCCCUGUCAAGCUUGGAGCAGAUCAUUGACGCUGCUCCACCAGCCCACAAGCUCAUGUACGUCGAUUCGAACCUGGGGCUGCUAAGCUCAAAGAAAAGCUUACCGAAGGGUGAAACCACCAAAGAAAGUCCAUCGAACACUAGCCGCGACAGUAUUGCUUGCUCAACGCGCAACGGAUCCUGCCUACCGUUGGAACUGCACGAUCGUCUGAACGUGUUCCACCAUAAACAACCGAAGGGUACGAUCGAUGUCUGGUGGCUGUACGAUGACGGUGGACUUACGAUGCUCAUUCCGUACAUCCUAUCGCUGCGCUCGAAAUGGGCCAACUGUAAGGUGCGUGUAUUCGCCCUCACCAACCAGCAGAAGGAGUUAGAGCUGGAGCAAAAGAACAUGGCACACCUGCUAGCGAAGCUGCGCAUCGACUACUCCUCCCUGAUCAUGCUACAAGACGUCACGAAACCACCCCAACCGGACACGAUCGUGAUGCACCAGCAGCUGCUCAAAAGCUUCGAACACAUGCCGACUCAACUCACUCCACCCGAGCUAAGUUCACCGGAGCGGAUUGCCCUGGCGGAGAAAACUCACCGGCAGUUACGCCUGCGGGAAAUGCUUCUGGAGCACUCUGCCGAGGCAAGACUGAUCGUGAUGUCCAUGCCGAUGCCCAGAAUGGGCACUGUAUCGGCUCCUCUGUACAUGUCCUGGCUGGAGAUGCUCUCGAAGGAUAUGCCACCGAUGUUGCUAGUGCGAGGCAACCAAACAUCCGUUUUGACUUUCUAUUCUUAAGUGUUAAGUGACCUAAGACAUUAUUAGCAAUACGGCCUGGCCGUUUCUGAUGAAUAAAGAAAACCCCAUAAGACAAGGUUUGAUGUCUGGCGUAGCGGCCAGAGAAGUAGUAGUAA